AUGCAGGAUCUGAAAACUAGAGUUGAAGACGUCAUGCAAGCGAUGAAAGGGAAGGGCCAGGUCGUAGUGAACGAUAUGGUAGAAGAGGUGGACGACAAGGUUGCCCUCACAGCCUUUAUGGGAGGACUACAGACCUCUAAGUUCCUGUUUUUCUUGUCAAAGGAAGCCCCUACGAGCAUAACAGAGUUGAUGGUUAGAGCACAAAAGCACAUAAACGCUGAGGAUGCUAUGAAUGCACGAAAAAACAAGGAUAGUGAAGAUAAGAGAUCGGAUAAAAAGAGGCUAGCACCUAGCACUAGGGAGGAAAGGGAAUCGAAGUACAAGAAAUUCUCAAACACCCAAGCUGACAGAUCGUCUCGCCGUCUAGUGAGCCUAGGCAAGUAUAAUAACUACACCCCUCUAAAUACAUCAGUAGAGCAGGUCUUUCUGCAGAUUCAAGAUGACGCAUCAUUGAAAUGGCCGCCAAAGCUAAAGUUGAUCCAGCAAAGAGGUCUCGAGAUAAAUACUAACGAGAACCUUGUUCGUAAGGGUCAUUUACGCAAAUUCACGACUGAAAAUGGAAAAGGAGGCUCCAACCCAACCCGAGAAGGUCGAGAUGAUCGCCUUCCUCAACACCAACCAAUGGGUGAGAUCAAAGUUAUAUUAGGUGGCUUCGCUGGUGGUGGAGAGACUAGUUCGACUCGGAGGGCAUAUGCCAGGAGAAUUUGGAAUUUUUCAGAGGUGAAUGAAGUUGGAGUGACAAGUCCUCCAAUGAAAUUACCGCGAGUUGAAGAGCCGGUUAUAACCUUUUCUGAAGAAGAUGAUAAGGGAAUUCACCAGCUCCAUGAUGACCCUCUGGUAGUUUCCAUGGUCGUCGCUAAUUUCACUGUGCGACGAAUACUGAUAGACAAUGGUGACAAAGUAUAUCCACAGGGGGCAGUUACCCUUCCAGACACUGCAAGAGCCAAUGCAAAGCAGGUCACUGUAAUGGUGGACUUUCUAGUGGUGGACUGCCCAUCAUCAUACAAUAUUAUCCUGGGGAGGACAGCAUUGAAUGCCAUGAAAGCAAUCACUUCCACUUACCACCUCCUGAUGCGUUUCCUAAUCUAA